AGAAUAAAUAUUAAAUAUUGCAAUGUUAAGAUAAUUACAGUAGCCAACAAAAAAUAGUGUAAUUAAAAGGCAAUCUCCUACCCCACCUCGGGAUAUUAUUUCACUUCCGUAUUUAUAGACAUAAGAGAUCGACUCGUAAAGGGUUGUAAAAGGAAACAACUCUCUAGCAAGGACAUGGCAGGCAUUUCUAAUACUUUUUCUUCAGAUUUGGCGAACAGAAACCUCUACCGAGGUCAUGGCAGGCUUCACUACGAUGGCCUCAGAUCACUGGAAAACAACCCAACGGCUUCAUCCAAGAACACGGCCACCAUCUGCUUUUCAAAUAAAAGUCAAGGACGGAUCAGGGCCAUGGCUUCUUCUACCAACUCAGUUCCAAAACGACAGAAAGAUCCAAAGAAACGGAUUGUCAUUACAGGAAUGGGUCUCGUUUCUGUAUUUGGCAAUGAUGUUGAUACAUUCUACCACAAACUCCUCAAGGGAGAAAGCGGCAUCAGUCUAAUCGACAAGUUUGAUGCUCUAGACUUCCCUGUCAGAAUUGCCGGUCAGAUUCGCCACUUCUGUUCAGAGGGCUACGUAAAAAGCCCGACCGAUCUAUGUUUCGAUGACUGCUGGAGAUAUAGCAUUGUGGCUGCAAAGAAAGCACUCGGAGAUGCCAACCUCGGCCCUGAAGUCCUCAAAAAUAUGAAUAGAUCAAAUAUUGGAGUAGUGAUAGGUUCAGGCUCCGGAGGUGUUGCAUCGUUAUGCGAUUCAGUAAAUGCCCUUCUCCGAGAAGAAUACAGCAAAAUUUUAAGUCCAUACUACCAAUCAAAUUUUGGUCCAGCACUAUUAGCUAUAGAAACUGGCUUGAUGGGACCAAAUUACUCCAUUUCGACAGCUUGUGCAACCGCAAAUUAUUGUUUCUAUGCCGCAGCAAAUCACAUAAGAAAGGGUGAAGCGGAAAUCAUGAUCGCUGGUGGAAGUGAAGCAGGAGUUAUUCCUACCGGUAUCUGUGGAUUUUCGGCUUGUAGAGCUUUGUCAAACAGAAACGAUGACCCAGAGAAAGCUUCGAGGCCAUGGGAUAUGGAUCGUGAUGGUUUUGUCUUGAGUGAAGGCUCUGGUGUGCUGGUUAUGGAGAGCUUGGAGCAUGCAACAAAACGAGGAGCAAAUAUAAUAGCAGAGUACCUAGGAGGAGCCAUAACAUGUGAUGCUCAUCACCUUACUGAGCCGCGUUCUGACGGACUUGGAGUUAUAGGUUGCAUAACCAAGAGCUUGGAAAAUGCUGGAGUCUCCCCAGAAGAGGUGAAUUACGUGAAUGCUCACGCAACAUCUACACGCAUGGGAGAUUUAGCUGAGGUCAAUGCCAUCAAAAAGGUUUUCAAGGACACAACUAAAAUGAAGAUGAACGCCACAAAGUCAAUGAUUGGACAUGCUCUAGGAGCUGCGGGAGGAUUGGAAGCCAUAGCAACCAUAAAAGCAAUCACUACUGGUUGGCUGCAUCCAACCAUAAACCAAUAUAAUAUUGAACCUGAGGUUACGAUCGACACUGUCCCAAAUCAGAAGAAACAGCAUGAUGUCAACGUUGCUAUCUCCAACUCAUUCGGCUUUGGUGGACACAAUGCGGUGGUCGUUUUUGCUCCCUUCACACCUUAAAAAGGCCAAGGUAAGGAUGUAAAGUUAGAAGUGUGAAGGUUCAAACCCGACUCCAAAGAGCAACUCAACUGAAGGGCGUUAAUAGAAAAGUAAACUUAUAUUAAAAUGUUUAUGUAAUUUUGGUUUUGUGGUUGUUACUUAUCAGAAGGAGGUGUUUGCUGUAAGAAAAAGAAAAAAAAUUAUGUUUUGAGAAUUACCAAAGCAAUGAGUUGUCAAUGAAAACCAUAUCUUAACACCAAUCAACCAAUUCAGAACUUAAUGGAUUUGUCGUUUGGUUAUGGUGACACAUUUCUGUUUUAUUGUUCAGACAUUGGGAAGCUGUCUUCAUCAAUCACCACCUUCACCUAUAAAGGUGGUUAUUGAAUAUUGGGUGUGAUGUCCAUCCAAAUUCAACUCUCAUAUCUAUUAGAUAUGAACUUAUUUAUUUCUGCAAUGGGCUGUUAUAAAAUAA